UAUAAAUCUCGUGUGAUUGUGUAAUGGGAUUGUCAUGCCGUUCAAGUUUCGAUCUCUCUUGCUUUGUGUGAGCCGAGGAUCGAUCGAGGUUGAUUGAUUGAGGUGGUGGCUAGCUCGAUCGAUGACGCGCUUCGUGGAUAAGAUAACCUUCUUCGACCGCCGCGCGUCGCCGAUGGCGGAGGCGGAGGACGUCGCCCGUGACGGGCUUCUCAUACACUACGGCUCCCCCGCCGGCGCCAGCCCUCCAGGUAACGUCGCCGGUGGGUCCGUUACUCUCGGUCAGCUGUUCAAGCGCGUCGGCGACGCUCAUAGCGGCGGCGGCGGUGGCGAAGAGGGCGGAGAGGUCGGAAGUGUUUCCCGGCUCCGCCAUGUGAUCGAGGUGGAUCCGUUCGAGGAGUACCAGUUGGGCUCUCCCCCGCCGCCGCCUUUUGUGCUUGCUUUUACGGACCUGACGUACAGCGUGAAGCGGCGAGAGAGGAUGAGCAUGUUACGGAGGAACCGGUUGGCGUUGGACCCGCCGGAGACGGCGGCGGAGCGGGGGCGCACGAAGACGCUUCUGAACUCGAUCUCCGGCGAGGCGCGGGAAGGUGAGAUUUUUGCGGUGCUGGGGGCGAGCGGGUCGGGGAAGUCGACGCUGAUCGAUGCUCUGGCGAACCGCAUCGCGCGCGAGAGCCUGCAGGGCUCCGUCACCCUCAACGGCGAGAAGCUCGAGGGGCGGCUGUUGAAGGUCAUCUCAGCGUACGUGAUGCAGGACGAUCUCCUCUACCCGAUGCUCACCGUGGAGGAGACGUUGAUGUUCUCCGCCGAGUUCCGCCUCCCGCGCUCCCUCUCUGCUUCCAAGAAGAAAAGCAGAGUACAGGCGCUCAUCGAUCAGCUCGGUCUCCGCGCCGCCGCCAAGACCAUCAUCGGCGACGAGAUCCACCGCGGGGUGUCCGGCGGGGAACGGAGGCGCGUGUCCAUCGGGAUCGAUAUCAUCCACGAUCCUAUCCUUCUGUUCCUCGACGAGCCCACGUCGGGGCUCGACUCCACCAGCGCGUUCAUGGUGGUGAAGGUGCUCCAGCGCAUCGCCCACAGCGGCAGCAUCGUCAUUAUGUCGGUGCACCAGCCGAGUUAUCGUAUUCUCCGUCUCCUAGACCGCCUCCUCAUCCUCUCCCGCGGCCAGACCGUCUACAGCGGGGCCCCCGACGGCCUCCACUCCUUCUUUGCAGACUUCGGCCACUCCAUCCCCGACGGCGAGAACCCCACUGAGUUCGCCCUCGACCUUAUCCGCGAACUCGAGGGAACCCCCACCGGCGCCACCGCCCUCGUCCAAUUCAACAAAUCCCGCGCGGCUGCCCAACCGGCCGCCUCCAAGCCGGCGGCUCUGUCCCUCAAAGACGCUAUCAGUGUCAGCAUUUCGCGCGGGAAGCUCGUCUCCGGGGCGACCGAGGGGGCGACCUCCUCCUCCUCGUCGGUGCAAAAGCACGCGAACCCGUUCUGGAUCGAGAUGGGCGUGCUGACGAAGCGCUCGUGGACGAACACCAAGCGCAUGCCCGAGCUGUUCGCUAUCCGACUGGCGGCGAUCCUCCUCACCGGCUUCAUCCUCGCCACCAUCUUCUGGCGGCUGGACAACUCCCCCAAGGGCGUGCAGGAGCGGCUCGGCUUCUUCGCCAUAGCCAUGUCCACCAUGUUCUACUCCUGCGCCGACGCGCUGCCGGUCUUCCUUCAAGAGCGCAGCAUCUUCAUGCGGGAGACAGCCUACAACGCCUACCGCCGCUCCUCCUACGUCCUCUCCAACGCCAUCGUCGGCUUCCCGCCGCUGGUGCUCCUCUCGGUCGCCUUCGCACUGACGACCUACUUCGCCGUGGGGCUCGCCGGCGGGAUGCAGGGGUUCGUCUUCUUCGUCCUCAUCGUGCUCGCCGCCUUCUGGUCCGGAAGUGGGUUCGUAACCUUCUUAUCCGGCGUGGUAACCCACAUCCUGCUGGGCUACACCGUCGUCGUGGCCCUCCUCGCCUACUUCUUGCUCUUCAGCGGCUUCUUCAUCAACCGGGACAGGAUCCACGACUACUGGCUCUGGUUCCACUACAUGUCGCUGGUGAAGUACCCCUACGAGGCGGUGAUGCAGAACGAGUUCGACGACCCGCACAAGUGCUUCGUGCGAGGGGUGCAGAUGUUCGACAACACCCCGCUGGCGGCGCUUCCGGAGGUGGCGAAGCUGACCGUGCUGCGGUCGAUGGGGCAGUCCCUGGGGGUGAACUUAACCGGGAGCAGCUGCAUCACCACCGGCACUGGAAUCCUGCAGCAACAGAGCAUCACGCAGCUCAGCAAGUGGGACUGCCUCUGGAUCACCAUCGCGUGGGGGUUCCUCUUCCGGUUCCUCUUCUACAUCAGUCUCUUGCUCGGGAGCAGGAACAAGAGGAGGUAGCUACCUAGCGACCUCCUUCGAUCGAUCGAUCGAUCCUGAACCGUUGUGGAUUCAUCGCAUUGGCAUCUGCAGAAUAUACCUUUUGUUGUCUCUCAAUCCAUAAUUCAAUAAGAUUUCAAGCUUCCUCUCUA